GAGAGCACAGAAAUGAGGGCGGGUGCUCUGGACAUGCCUGUGUUCUCUUGGUUGCCGAUAGACAGCCAACGAGAGAAGAGAGCCAUCUAGCGGCGGCUUCGUGACUCGGCUUUCUUCUUCCCGAAAGAAGCUCCAGGUGGCGACUGAAGAGCGCAGACACCAUUGCCCUUAGCCUCACUUCCUCUGUAGAACGGCUGUCCGUGAGGCGGCCCCGGAAGCGGGAGUGUGCGUCAUUUCUGGUCGCGUCACCCGGUAACGAGAAACGAAGCGGUUCCCAAACUUGCGCAACCCUCUGGUGAAAUCGUAGUGUUUUUUACGCCUAGUCCCGCCGUCCCCGUGGGCGGUGGGAACCUGGGCCCAGUAAAUUCAGUGCCCCAGGAGGAGGGGGGACCCUCCCCUAUAACUUUUCUCUGGGUCCUCUCUGGCUUGCCUCUGUCCCCCUGUCCCCGCGCCAGUCCAACUGCCCUCUGUAGUGCUCGGGGCUCUCCCCCUGCAGCCUUUCGCUGUCCUUCCCCGCCCCUCGUCUGCGCUUUGAUCUACGUGACCGAUUCACUGUCACUUCCCUGCUACAGGAGAGAGCCCUUGAAAGGCCUCUACCUCGCGGUUUGUCGUAGGCCUUUAUCUUCGGCUCUCAAGCUUCAGUCUGGGCAGUUGCCUGCGUUUCUUGUAAGGAAGGGAGUCUUAUCUUGGACCUCUCCUCCUUCAUCCCAUGAAUUCACAGGAUUUCAAAUGUCAAUGAAGCAUGAAUUUAUCCUCAGAAAAUGAAUCAUCUUUUGAAGGCUAUGAUAAAGCUGCCAGGAUAAUUCAGAAGGCCUGGAAAAAUUAUCUUGAUAUCUGUGUAUUCAGCCACUUCAGAAAUCUAAUCUAUAUAAGGAGGCAAGGAGAUCCCCAUCAACUAUUAAAAUAUAUUGAUCCUAAAGAGGCAGAGCUUAUAGAUGCUGCUUCUGGAAUUAAUAUUCGAUUCAGAUUAGGUGGAGAGAAGUUUCCUCCCUGCAUAUAUUAUAAAAUUUUCACUCAUAGAAAUAUUGUAGAUCUGUGUGCUAACAGUCCUAGAGAUUAUGUGAAUGUCAUCCCAAAGCGACUGGCACAUUUGCCAUUUUUUAAGAAUCUUAAGGAUGACCAUCGUGGCUGGUAUCAGCGUGUAGAAAACAAUGGCUGGAGGCUUGUUUCCAAAAGAUUUUGGAGAGCCAGUGAUGAGAUCACCGAAGAAGGAAAUCGUCAGAAAGUUAAUUUUCCCUUCUCCAAAAUGAUGAGAAAGCAGGACUUUGAAAAAAGAAGAAAAUAUAAAAAAAUCCAAUGGAUGAGGGAAAUGUAUUAUGCAGGAAACCUGGAAACAAAGAGAGCAGACAAUAGAUGUACAGACUUAAUUUUAAAAGCAACAAAAGGAUUAAUGAGAGCAGUUGAACAAGGUGGAAUGAAAUCGGUGAUGGAAUGGGAAGUGGAUGAAAUUCUGAGUUGGACAAAUGCACUAAACUAUGAAGAGUAUGUCAACAAUUGGAAAAGCAUUGCUACAAGCAACUCUUCAGCCAACCUUCAAGGUUUCAGAUUUGAGACAAUAUGGAAUCAAGCAGCUAACAAAAACUAUUCUCCUAGCACCAUAGAAGCAAAGGAAAAACAAGAAAAAUUGAAGAAGUUAAUAGAGGAGUCAUAGCUUCCUGGCGGAGACCGCUGAUGUGUCCGUCAGUAUAUUUUUCUUUGAUUCUCUGCACACAUCAGUAAUGCCUCAGAUGUUUACUUUAUUCUUUCAUAUACAUCAUACAUAGGAUAUAGCCCCUUAGGCAAUACAGUUUAAAUAGAAAUAGAACAUUUAUGCUUAAUGUAGUAUCUAUGCCAUAAUAAAGAAAUUAGCCUCAUUGCUCUAUCUUUAAUAAUCACAACUCAUUAAAUACUAUUUUAAUACUGGAAUGUGAAAAUAUAAAUUUCGUGUUAAUGGGUUUGUGGGAAGACAUAUAUGGAAAGGAAUAGGAUCAAGGAUAUUUGUGGAAAGAUGGGUUUUGGCAAGAGUUAACAAGCUGUGCCAUCUGUAAAUUGGCCAACAGGACUCACUGAGGUGCAAGAAAAAGCCUGAUGGUUUUUUUAAAUGAAUAUCCUAUCUAGCUGAGGAUUAGUGCAUUCCACCAGACCAUUUCUUUGUUAAGAAAGAAAAUAAAACCCCAAAGUUUUAAAAACUAUAUUGCUUGUACAAAAUCACCACUUUGAAUUCCAAUGUAUGAGUCUUUAAUAUUGUUUAUACCUCUAUUUUUAUUGAAAUGGUCCAUUGUACUUAACAUCUUAAUGAAAAAUUGUACAAGUAACAAUAAUUCUACAGAAAUAUAUAAUUUUAUUAAGGUGCAACUAAAAUUAUUAUUAUACAUAUCUCUCUAUAUUCAAAAUUAGCCAAUUGUUUCCUUAAUAAGGUAGAAAACUAUUCAAUAUUGAACAAUAUUCAAAAUUAGCCAAUUGUUUCCUACCUUAUUAAGAAACAAUUGGCUAAUUUUGAAUAUAGAGAGAUAUGUAUAAUAAUAAUUUUAGUUGCACAGUAGACUGACCUAUGGCAGUGAAAAAAUUAUAAUCCUUUAAAUACAUGUGAAAAUUCAUUGUAUGACCAAAAUUAAAGUUUUUUUAGUCUUCAGCAUUUCAAAGUGCACAUAUAUCAAACAAGCAAAUACAUAAUGUAACUGAGUAAUUUUUCUCACAAGAGGUUAAAAAAAUUAUGGCUUUGCACUUGACUUGUUCCUUCAUAUAGUUAAUAUGGAUAUAUCUUCAUGUACCUGAUCUAUGGAUUCUUGUUGAUAAUGAGCCCUUUAAGAGGCUAAUAACAAAUAUACAAAUAAUAUUUUUCUUUGGUUAGGUUCUGCCUCUACUAUUCCUGACUUGUUGUCCCUUGUUUACUGCCUCUCUUGAAAAAAACUGAGAAACAUGAUAUUAGUCUCUAAUAAAUAUGAAAAAUCA